AAGGCAACGGCUGAAGGAAGCACAGGAGUCAGCAACAUCAUCACGCUGAGUGUUGUCAUUCCAGCAUCAAAUACCAGAGUGGCCGCUGAACCUUUCCCCCCAGUCGCAUACGAGGGGUCACGCAUCGUUCUGAAAUGCACUGUCACAAGGGGCUCCCACCUGUCCUACAUCUGGUUUUUCAACAGGAUAAAAAGUAACAUCUUCAACCUCUCCUCUUUUCCAUCUCACUGGUAAUGAGCUGGUGAUGGAGCAGGCAACUCCAGAGCAUGCUGGCAACUACCCCUGCAUUGCCUGGUCCAUGGUUCAGGACAGCAGCAGGUUUUUAGGCAGCGCCGAGGUCAAGGUGACAGUCAAAGCUUAUGUAUCAAAGCCAAACAUCUCCUUCUCCAUCUUCAAAGAGGGAGACGGUUACCAAGGCAACAUAACCUGCUGGUCAACCAGAGGGAGCCAUCCGGUCAACUUUUCUCUCUCAGUAGAUGACAAAGAGGUGGGAUCCCUCACAGCCAACCAAUCCCUCACUGUCUGGUUCCUCGUCGCCAUGAUACCCGGGAUGGACAUGGGUGUGGCGCGAUGCUGGGUGAAAACUGAGACGCAGGAGUUAUUGAGUGAACCUGUGACUCUGGAAGUGGUCCCAGUUGGAGGUGACGUGACAGCGGAGGUGGAAUAUCUCUACAGAGCCGACUCCAAGCUUGCCGCCGCCAGGCUGAGGUGUGUGGUCAGCAGAGGAAGCUUUCCCCAAAUCUCCUGGCUCCUGAACGACUCAGUCCUUGCCUCCGCGACACAUGUGGACGCCCAGUCUCAGGAUGACCUGACUCACGUUGCCCUCGCCAACCGUGGACAGACACUCGUCCUCACUAAGCUCACCUCAGAGGAGUCUGGGUAUUACCGCUGCAGGGUCAGGAACAGCUAUGAUGACUCCGGGCCCUGGGUGAAGAGUGGAGAUGUGCUGGUCUGA